GUAUAGAGGGUUAGGAGUAAACUGAAGCCCGAGAAACUGUUGGACAGUUUCCCGAGGAUCUUUGCGUCCAGACUCCGCCCCCUUUUCCCUGUUGUCGGCUCUGAGGUUUACAGCUUGAAACUUUCAUUUGGGGCAGUGGAAAUACUGAGCAUUUUCACCUAAACUGAGCAGAUUAACCCUUAGCUCUUUGUCUUUAAUUCCCUCACCAGUUGCCAUUCCCAGGGCUUUAAGCUGUCUCUUUUUCACUUUAAUACUCCUGAGUUGGAAAGCACAUGUCACAGUGCACAGGGAGUUCGGAAGGUUGAACUUUUUUAAUGGGGUGGUCUUGAAGUCCCUUACGCGGCCAUGCGGAUAUGUGUCUGGGAGUCCGGAGGUGGAUGUGGAUGUCAUCUAACAUCUACUUAGAGGUGGAUAACUUAACGUCUACUUGCUUCCUUAUAUAUAGAAUGAAGACGUUGACUGGCUGUUACACAGGAUUUGACUAGCUGCAACAUGCUUCUGAUUCAGCCUUUCCACUUAGCUGUAAAAAUACAUUAAUCAGAACGUCCUGGCAUCUUCCUUAGCAAGACUUUCAGUGGGACCCAGUAUGCUUCACUUCAUCCAGCAGUUUUUUCAAGCACCUUCAAAGAUUCUGAAGUAUCCUUCUACAGUCAGACUAGGAGCCAGCAGAAGAAUAAACAUACUUUCUGUCAAGGCAUGUCUCCAGCAGAACUUUUCCCCUUUGUUUCCAAGGACUUGGCUUCUCUCAUCAUUUCCAGUGUAUAUGAGCAAAACACAGUAUUAUCAUACGUCCCGGUGCAGCUUUAAGAAGAAGCAAAAGCAAGCAGUAUUUCCAGCCAGGCCACCACGCACUAUCAGUUACCUGCCUGACAGCCCAAAGCCAGCGUUAUACAUAACUCUGGCAGGACUAAUCCCCUUCGUUGCUCCACCACUGGUCAUGGUGAUGACAAAGACUUACAGCCCCAUAUUAGCUUUUACUCAGAUGGCUUAUGGAGCCAGUUUCCUAUCUUUCUUGGGAGGGAUCAGAUGGGGUUUUGCUUUGCUAGAAGGUAGUCCAGCCAAGCCAGACUUCCUCAAUUUAGCUAAUAGUUUCACUCCUGUUGUGUUUUCAUGGUUUGCCUUCUUUAUUUCUGAGAGACUCAGUGAAGCUAUAGUCACAGUAAUAAUAGGUUUGGCAAUAGCAUUACACAGUGAACUUUUUCUCUUGCCACAUUAUCCCAAUUGGUUCAAAGCCCUGAGGAUAGUAGCCACUUUAGUGGCCUUUCUUUCAUUUGUAAUAACUUUACUAGUUAAAGAUAUUUAUCCAGAGAAAGGACCCAAGAGACCUGGGCGAACAGAAUAAAUAUAAAACUCUGUAGAUGACGUUAGGAUGUUGGCUAGAAACCUUGUAAGGUUGUGUUUUGGCAUCACCUUUUCCUCCUUCUCCUGUUUAGCUCUUUUUUUCCCUCACCAAUGGUAAUUUAUUCUUCACAAAUUAGUUUUCAUUUCUAGAAAUCUUUACAGGAAUCACUGAGAAACAGCUUGAAAAUCCCUAACAAUGCCUUUUCAUGUCAUUAGGUUACAGUUCUCAUUAUCUUUUUAUGAAUUAAAUAGUCAGCCAGUUAAUAAUUUCAAUGUUUUUGUUGUUUUGAAAAAUGUAAAAUAAAAAAGAUGAAAAAUC